AUGUCUCUGAAAAAGACACAAGAAUUAUUAACCGAAGAACAAAAGAGAGCAAACCAUAUUGCAUCAGAACAAAAGAGAAGAGCAAACAUACGUAUUGGAUUUGAAAAACUGAUUAAUAUUGUGCCUACUUUAAGUAAUGGUCAUAAGAGUGAGGCACUCAUUUUACAGAAAUCGGUUGAAUAUUUAAGGCAGUUGGUGGAAUCAAAGACAGCAUUAAAAGAAAAAAUGAGGGAACUUCAACUUAUGUUGGGUGAAGAGUAA